GUGAGAACCCAGAUCGUCACACUCUCUCUCCUGACCACAUACGUCUAGGAUGGAGAGAACAUAGAAAAGACAAAAUAAACUCUACACAAGAACCUUUUAAACUCAAAACCAGCAACAGAACGGGG